AGGGGCGUAGUCGAGACUGCUUUUUCUGUUGAUUUCUUGUAAAACAUGAUGUUUUGGUGCUUAAUUUGUAAAAUCUUAAUGUAAUUUGAUGUUUAAUAGGCUUUUCCUUAAUCCCUCCUUAUUAGCCAACAUUUUCGUUUAUCCAACACUUUUAUUUUUCAGUGAUUGGUUUGGGGGGGCAGGCGCCAAAAUUCUGUUUGCCUACACUUGAAAAUUACCUAGGGUCGGCUCUGGGUACGACAAAAUGGCUCUCAGAAGUUUGUUCCUGUUAUCAGUAGGGAGAAGGCGAUUAUGAUGUACAUGUGUGCGACUGUGCGUGCCUUUCUCUCCAUCCCAGGAUAAGAGUGAGGGAAAUAAAAUUUAAACACAUUGGCGCUUCACCAGAAUCAACAGGACCAGCCUGGGUUAUUCAUUGCCUAGUGCUUCCUUCUCUAGCACCGAGAGCCAGAGGGACCUUGUGGCUGUCUUCAACAGCUCGAGGGAUCGGAGACAAAACUAAGAAGCCACGGGAAGAGUAAAGUAAAGGCAGAGAGGAAAACAGGAGUUAUAGCUAAGAGGAGAAUAGAGAAGAGGAAAGCAGGAAAAGAGAGCAGACCAGCAUCAUGAGCAGCCCUAAAUAUCAGAAACUUGAGGACGAGGAGCCUGCCACUCAGAAUCUGCUCACAUCCUCAGAAAUAGAACCCCCCAAAGAGACUGAAACACUGGAUGAUCAUGCUGGGCCACAGCUCCCUAAAGGCUAUGGGACAAUUCCUCAAACACCAUCCAGAAACCAGCGUAAUUAUGCCAAUUUGGGGGAAGGAACCACCCAAAAUCCAAACUUUCAUCUUCCUGUCGAAGAACCUGAUCACCUGUGUUACUCUCUUUUCACCUUGCUUUGCUGUUGCCUCCCGCUGGGAAUUGCGGCCUUGGUUUUCUCCAUACAGACCCGAGAGGCCUACCAACGUGGAGACAUUGCAGCUGCUCGACGAAACAGCAGGCUUGCACUCAUCUUGGCCAACACAGCGCUUGGCGUGGGGCUUGUAUUUAUAAUUGUUUACAUUGUUUUAGUAGUGAUCAUGUCUAAUAAGAUGCAUAAUUACCAACCACCUCCAGGCCAAUGAAAGUUGCACUGCAUGACCAAAACCUGAAGCAUGUCCAGCUCUUGUAGUCCUUCGACCUGCAGAGACUUUCCUACUUUUUGAAUCAUGUCAUAAUGUGAUGUGCUACAGGACUAGAUUGAUGCGUGUGUGAAUAUUUUACAAAACGAUUAGCAAGGGGAGUUGUGAUCUACAAAGAGUAGGCUUUUGUGGCAAUAUCUCUUGAUCUGAAUGCUCUACUUAGAAAGAAAAAUAUAGGCAAUGGCUCAUCCAUGUCAGAAAGUGUCCUAUGCAAUCCAGCUGUACAAUACAGAAUGAUCCCAAAUUAAACUCAAUAAAAAUUACCAAAAGGAGUAGUACUAAAGGUCCUAAA